AGUCAAUAUGGCGUAGUUACAUGGCGUUGAUUACAAACUGACUGGUUAAUUUCAAUUCGCCUUUCCUUUUACCAGUUUAUUUUACAGAGGUUUACUAAAUACAUCACAAUGCCAUUGGGACCAUUUGGUGAAAUCUUGGGGACCACUGGAACCCUAGAGGUUCUUGGUCCUCUGGCUCAAAAAUACAAGUCUAAAGUUAUUGCUCCACGCAACCCAAAACUAGUCAGAGACAACAAUCCUCAAGAAUUCAAGAUGAGACCAAGCACAUUUUUAUUUGAGGCUUCCUUGAGCACAGAACAAAAGCUUGCAACCACCCAUAUUAUGAAAGUUCCUAACAAAACAGAAUUGCUGGAUAUGGGUGAUACUUCUUUGCAAAAGGUUUCAAAAGUCAAUAUUGAUGAGCCGAUGUUCCAGCCUUUUCCGUCAGAAAUCUUUUUCCAGAAUUUUGAGCCUUUUAAAAUGUAUGAAGUUCCACUAGUGCUCAGGAAUAAUGACAAAGUGCCUCGUCUGGUGAAAGUAACCCAGGAGGAUUCCCCUUAUUUUAAAGUCAUAAGCCCUCAUGACGUAGGUCACAAAGUUGGCCCAGGCUUACCAACAACAUUUAAAAUACAGUUCACACCAGAGGAGAAAAAGGACUACAAGCAUGAACUUGUGUGUAUCACAGAAAGAGAGAAAUUUACAGUGCCCAUUAAGGCUAUUGGUGCACGAGGAAUUCUAGACUUCCCUGAUGACAUCCAUUUCACAACCUGCCCAGUGAAGUACUCAAAUACCAGGACACUUCUGGUCAGGAACAUUGGGACCAGAGAGGCCAAAUUUCACCUCAGGACAGAACCACCUUUUUUUGUGACACCAGACAUUGGAACUCUUGCAGUAAAAGACAGCAUGCAGAUCACAAUAGAGUUCAAGCCCUUGUUUGCUGGUGAUCACAAAGGAGAGAUUUGUCUUGUGUAUGACACAGGAGAAGAGGUUUACAUCAACCUGUAUGGAGCCAGCCAAGAUGCUUCCAUCCGUUUAGACAAGAACACAGUCAAGAUGGAAAGCACUUACAUUUCUAUGGCCAGCCAAAGGACGGUUGUGAUACACAACCGCAGUGACUUUAUUGCCCACUUCAGGUGGACGACUUUUGCCACGCAAGAUGAAGAAGAUCAACACAGGCUAAUGCAACAGAUUCAACUGGACAGGGAAGAGCACUCAGACACUGACCACUUCCUGGCUGAAUGUGUUUGUGACCCCACUUUAAGAGACAAGUUGUCCAUUUUGUCCAGAACCUUCCAAAACAGGAAACGGGCUGUAGAGAAUGACCCCCAGUUGUUUGAGGAUGAUGUCAUAAGCAUUAUGCCAGUGGAAGGGGAUAUCUGGCCUAAUGCAACCUUUGAGAUAACCAUCAUCUUCAAACCAAGGGAGGCAACACAAUACACAAAAACAGCUUACUGUGACAUCACAGGCCGCGAGAGCCGGCUGCCGCUUCGCAUUAAAGGUGAUGGCGCUGGGCCCAAAGUUGACUUCUCAUUUGAAUAUUUGGAGAUGGGCAAUAUCUUCAUUGGAUCAAAGCACCUGUAUGAGAUUGUCAUUGCCAACAAAGGAGACAUUGAUGCCAUUUUCAGUGUUGUACCAAACUCAAGUACUUUUGGGCCAUGUUUUGCUUUCAACCCUUCAGAGGGGAUUGUCAUGCCAGGUGGCCAUCAAGCCAUUGAGGUGUCUUUCAGCAGUCCUUACCUUGGGGACUUUCAAGAAGUUUUUUGCUUUCAAAUUGAUGGCCAACCACUACAAAGCAAAAUUACUUUCAUUGGACAAGUUGUUGGACCAACCUUUAAUUUUGAUGUAGCUGACUUGAAGUUUGGAACAGUUCCUAUUGGCUUCCCCUCCUCACAGGAGUGCACCCUGGUGAACACAUCACUGAUACCAAUGAUAUUUCACUUGCGUGUGCCUGGGGAUGGAUCCCGCACUGCUAUCAGCUGUUUAGCUGACGUCUCAGACAAUCCCCUGGGUCUAGGGCCAUUACCCAUUGCAGAUCCGAAAGAGUUUGAGAUCAUUCCCGCACAUGGUUUAGUUUCACCACAAGGACAAAUCAAGGUGAAAGUAAACUUUGUACCAAACACUAUUAAAAAAUAUGAAAUGGCUCUGGUGGUGGAUGUUGAAAGGGUGGGGGAGGAGAUCAUGUCUCUACCCAUAUCAGCAAAGUCAGUGGUCCCGGACAUCAUCAACUUGACUCCAGUCCUGAAUUAUGGCCGCUGCUUCUUGAGACAUCCCUACGAGCACAAUGUCCAGCUUCAUAACGACACAGAGUUUGCUGCCAAAUAUGAAAUCAUCCACCAGGAGAACAUCACUGUCAAUGAUUGUCUCUCAGAAAAGCUUCCAAUCACAUACCACAGUCCAAAGCCAAAGGGUAUCAUAGCUCCACACUCAGUUGUGGAUAUUCCAUUGGUGAUUGAAGCCGUAGCUCUAGAGGAACAAGAAAUCCCUUGCCUCAUUCGUAUCUUUGGACAAGAUAAACAUCCUAUGAUUGUGCAUGUGAUCUGUGUUGGAGAAGGACCAGUUGUCCACAUCAACCCACUCCAGCUUGACUGGGGCGACAUCCCUGUCCUCACAGAUAUCAAGAAAACCAUUGUGUUAUCCAAUGAAUCUUUCAUCCCUGCUCAGUUUACUGCCCAUAUGGUUAGACCUAACACAGUCUUCAAGGUGAUCCCAUCUGAAGGGGAAAUCCCCCCAGAGAAGUCAGCUGAGAUUACAGUCAUUGCUAACCUGGAUGACUGUGUCAGGUUUCAAGAAAAACUGCAAAUCAACUUCCAACAGAGCCAGUGUAGAGUGAUUCCUCUGCAGGCACAUGGAAAAGGAACCACCAUUGUUUCUGAUCCACCCCUUGGAACUCUCCUUGACCUUGGCCCAAAUUUCAGCAACAACAAACUCAUAAGGAAAUUUAAAUUAACCAACCAAGGGCGCCGAAUUCAGCAGCUUGUUUGGCUAACGAAUGGAUUCAUUCCCUUAUCCAAGGCAAAAAGAGACAGAAUAAGGGUUGAUGUGAAAAAAUCUACACACAGAGCAAAUGAGCCUGCAGAACCAGUUUUUCAGUUGUCCCCCAACCGCAUGGAGCUCCUGCCUGGCGAAUCAACAGAGCUGACCAUAGAAGGAUUUGUUGAUGGACCUCGAACCGUAGCUGAGACAAUCAUGUGUCAUGCCAUCAUUGGAAGAUCAGGGGGAAAGAUCCCAAUCAUUAAUGUGGAUGUGAAAGCAGAAUUCAUUGAACCUUUGUUGAGCUUCUCUACCAAGUGUGUCUUUUUCAGAGUAGACAAAGCACCAACAGAUGAGCUCCAAACACAACAGAAACAAAUUGUUUUGACCAAUGUGUCCAGUUUGCCCUUGACCAUCAAGCUCAAGCUGGCCUAUCCUUUCAGCAUCAUCAUCUGCAAUGAAAACAUCUAUAAGCUUGAAGCAUGUCUACAAUCAGGGGAAGACUACAAGCUGGUCAUUCAGUUUGACCCACAGUUCAAGGAUGACAGCCAUAUCCGCAGUAUUGAUGAGGUUCUUUAUGUGUCUUACAAGGAGCAUCCACAUGUUGACUAUAUCUCUUUGCGAGGAGAGGUCUAUUUCCCUAACUUAUUGUUUGAGAAGAAUACAGUAGAUUUUGGCUGCAUACUCAAUGACACAGAAGUCACUCGGUACAUCAACAUUACCAAUAACAGUCCUAUGGAGGUAUGCUAUCGUUGGUCCUUCCUUGUUGGAGAUGGCAACACAGAAAUUAAAAAGUUUAUCCGCCCCCGGGAAGAUUCAGGUGUGGACAAUGCAGGUGUGAACGAUGAAGAGGACUCAGGCCUGGAAGAGGAUGAGGAGGAUGAACUAAGACAACAUGAGGAGGCAUCAGGGCCAGAGGAAGAUCAUGUUGAGGAUGUUAUUGACCCUAUGAACCCUGAGCCAACUGAUAAAAUUACACUGACAAAGAAAACUCCAAACUCAGAUGACAAUAAAAAUGAUGAGGUUGAUCUCCAACCAAUCUCUCCAGUGGAUGAAGAUGCUCCAGAAAAGGGUCAACUGGAUCAGGAAGAGAAAAAGGAAAAAAGUAAACGGUCAGGAAAGUCAAGUGUUCUGGCCCAGCUGGCGUUGAAGAAAGAGGAAGAGGAAGCACUGAUGGCCAACAGGGUGCUGACUGCAUUGCUGGAGACAGAGGAAGACAUUGCUCCAGUCAUUGGAGUGGAAGAAGUUUUUGACAUCUUGCCAUUGUAUGGCUGCUUGCAACCUGGCGACACAGAGCAGGUGACCUUCACCUUUUAUGGGCACACAGAUAUUUGGGGGAAAGUGAAAGCUAUCUGCGAGGUGAAUGGAGGACCAACAUAUGAACUGACCCUGACUGGGGAGGCCUCUCUGUUGGAAUAUACAUUUGACACACAAGCUAUUGACCUUGGGAAACAGAUGUAUGAUCAUGUUGGGUCAAGCAGCAUCACUCUGGUAAACACUGGCAAAGUUGGCUUCAAGUUUUCUGGCAUCAACAUGGAUCCAGCCUUACAGAAGCGCCCUCUGCCAGGACAACCCAUCAUUAUACCCCACUCUGGCUAUGUUGAGCCGUUCUGUAAACAAGAAAUCCAAAUAAAAUAUUUGCCUGGCGUGCCAGAGAUAUUUGAAAAGACAUUCCAGAUUCAAGUCGCCCAUUUUGAACCAGACACAAUUACAUUACGCGGAGAAGGUGUUUUCCCCCGCAUAUCCCUGGACCUGCCCAGACUGGAAGACGAUGACGGCCUGUACAACAGCCUGCUGCAGGAGGCCAAAUACAACCUGACCAACCUCCUGAAGCAGCAGCAGGAGCAGCAGAAGAAGGUGCAGGCAGACAACAGCGACGAGGAGGAGGAGCUGGUCAAGCUCAUGUCAGCUGAUGAGAGCGGGGUGGAGAUGAAGGACUCGGCCAGGGGAGAUAAGUCUGGAAACAACUCUGGGGAUCAUGUGAGAGAGCCGACAGAGCUGGAGAUCCUGAUGGAAGUGGAGAGGCUGGCAGUGAGAGACUAUGCCAGAGAGAACCAGAGUUUCACCAAGCUGCUGCUGGCAUCAGUGGAUGAGGCGGGGGAGAGCCUCCCUCAGGUGGACUCUACUGCAACACUCUGUGCCUCAGAGCUGUUCUCAUCAAAAAUCAAGCCAACCCUACCAGAAUACCUGCUGGACUUUGGCUACGUUGUCCUCGGUGCCAUGAGGACCCAUGUUGUGAGAGUGACCAACACUGGCUGGAUGCCAGUGUCCUUCAAGCUAGAGAGAGAAAACAUCCACCAGCUUGGGUUCCACAUUGAGCUGGACAGGGUCCGCAACUUGCCGGGUGCCCCGGAUAACGAGACAUUGGACUUUGUUGUCAGCUUUGACCCAAGGGGAGCUAAUCUGCACCUUGGAUUUGUGGAAACUGUUGUGCCAAUCAAUAUAGCACAUGGGCCGGUGGUCAACAUGCGGCUGCGUGCCCAUGUGACCAUGCCUGACCUGGAGGUGUCUCAGGAUGUCCUGGAGUUUGAUGAGGUCAAGUGUGGAGAAUGCAAGGUCAUCACCAUCCAGUUGUACAACCACCAAAUGGUCAAGUGUGAGUGGAACUCUGUGCCUCCAGAUGAGAGCAAGAAGAUUGACAAACAUGUCCCGAUGCACCUCAGACGUAAGAUGAAACAAAACAAAAAGAAAUCUCACAUCUUUGAGGUGCUGCCCCCUACUGGGGUGCUAAUGCCAGGACAGAGAAUAAAUGUGCAGGUCAAAUUCAUGCCCACAGAAGAGAAAUUCUAUGAGAACAGAAUCCCAAUCCGCAUAGCACAAAGCAGUCAGCGCAUUCUCCUGCUAUGCCACGGACAGGGACUGGAACCAAGGCUUGAGUUUGACCGCUCUGUGGUCAAGUUUGGACCCAUCCUGCCCCACAGUCCUGGAGAUGACCAGGAGAUUCUUGUCAAAAACCCAUGUCCAUUCCCUAUUGAAUUCUAUUCCUUAGAGUUUGAUACCAACUAUCUAGAGGAAGAAAAGAUCUUGCGACUAAUGAGAGGAUAUGAUGAGUUCAAUACACUUCUCCUUCCACCUCGCCCUGUGGGCAGCAAGCUCCCACCUGAACUGAUAGAGUAUUAUGAAGAUCAACUGAGAAAGCUUGAAGAGGAAGAAAAAGCUAGAGAACUUGAAGCCAUUGAAGCUAAAAAGAGAGCAGAGGAAGAAGCAGAGGCUGCUGAAAAAGAGGCUGAAUCUGUAGAUGAAAAUCAAAAUGAAGCAGCGGUUAGAGAUGUGACCCCAGCUGAACCAGUUUUACAGCCAUCAAAACAAGGUGUCAACUCUGAGUUAGCUAUAGCUGCCAGCAAAGAGAGAAAAGAUGAUCUUUUAAAUGAUAAACUGAAGGCCUCGUCUACUGGGAUGAUGGGGGUGGGAGAGCUUGAGAUUACACCUGUGUCUGCUGCUAUAGCCAGGUACCUGGGCAUUGACCUCACACCUGAAGGGAAAGCUGCAAGAAACCGAAGAGGCAUCGCUAUAAUUGUUCAUGGUGCCCCAGUCUCUGGAAAAACUAGCACUGCCAUUUCUUUAGCCAAGCAUUAUGAGGCGGCCCUAUUGACAAUUGAUGGCAUUGUGUGUGACGCCAUUGCCAAUGGCAACACCCCUGCAGGGCAGAGGGCCAGAGAGCUGUGCAUGGAGGCUGCCAAGAGAAAAUCAGAAGAGAUUAGAGAGUUGGAACAGGUGGAGAUGGAGAAAAAAAUUGGGCUCAGUGUGGAGCAGGUCACUGCACAUACACAAGGAGCUGCAGGGGCAGCUGGGACCUCCAUGGGUUCCAACCGUAAGACAAGCACCAUCAUGGAGCAAAAGAACAAAGAAAAGCAAUCCACACUUAGUAAGAAUACUGGUGUCAAUUCAUCAAUAGAGGGCGCCACUAGCCCGUUACCUGUUGUUGCCCCAGUCGCUAGAAAAUUAAGCAUCAGUGCCAGUGUUGCUGGAGAGGAAGGUUUAGUCUCUUGUGUCCUACCUGAUGAGCUGUUGGUGGAAAUUUUGGCAGAGAGAUUACAGCUAAAUGAUUGUCAUCGAGGUGUUGUGUUUGAUGGCCUGGACACGUUGUUUUCCCUGAAUUAUUUCAUGACUGCCAGUGCUAUCCUGAAGGCUCUGAACAACAGGAGAUUCAUUUACUUUGUCACCUUGAAGCUGGACUACAAUGUCCUCAAAGAGCAAGAAAAGAGAGCACAAGAGGAGAAAGUAUUGGAAGAGCAGCUGAAAGAGGAGAAAGAGCUCUUGUGGCUGGAGGAGAUGGAUGAAGAGGAAUAUGAUGCUCUCCCAGAAGAUAUCAAGGCCAGGAUUGACUUGAAAAGGCUGAAUCUUAAGAAGGAGAGAAUAAAGAAAGAACAGCAAGAGAAAGCAGAACGUGAAAGAAUUGAGAGAGAAGCAAGGGAAGAAGAGGAAAGAAAAAAAGAAGAAGAAAAUAGGAGUAAGAAAGGGAAGGGUAAGAAAGGUACAGCACCAGCUCCAGACAAGAAGACACCAGCAGGGGGAAAGGUAGCAUCAAAGGCACAGUUUUCUAAAGCACAAGAGGCAGACAAGGGCACUGGAUCUGAUAGACCAGAGUCUCAUCUAACAGAAAAGUCUGACAACCUGGCAGAAGAUCACAAAAAGAAGAAAGGGAAGGGGAAAAAAGAAGGCACUGAACUUUCAUCUUCAGCUGAGGAAGUGAAAGAUUUGGCCAAAGAAGCUGAAUUACUUUUGAUGAGCAGAUUUCGUACAUUCGAAACCUACCAGAAGGACAUUCAAGAUUUACUAGAAUUCUGGGACAGGACUUCCCUUCUGCCACGCCGCCCCAACACACCAUCAGACAAAUCUGAUGAGGAUCAUAAAGAGACAUCUCUAUCAGCAAGAAAAGGGAAAUCAAAAGCUUCUCUCUUUACCAAAGAUGACGAGAAACUUGACAAGGAGAAGCUAAAAGAAGUCGAGAGAAUAAGAAUGGAAAGGGAACUGGCUGAAAAAGUUGCAAAGGAGUCUGCCCAGGCUGAGGAGCAGAAAGAAGUCGUGGAGGAAGAGAAGAAAGAUGAGGUUGGUGUCCCUCACAUUAUUGUGGACUGUGGUGAAAGGAUUGUCAUGUUGUACCAACGAAUUUUAGAUACCUUGCCGUCCACAACUGAUGUUUUGGAUGGGCUAGGUCUCGGCACCCAGGGCCCACCAAUACCACCACCUGCUACUUUUGCAGUCAUACCUUUUCCAGUCAAGAGAAAACCACCUCCACUGCCUGAGAUGGGAGGCGGCUACACCUUCAUUGCUGCAUAUCCUGAUGACCCGAAUGUCGGCAUUGAAGAAAAAUCAAAAGAAGAAGUAGAGGAAGAAGCAGCCGUUGUAGAGAAGUUGUCAAAGGAAGAAAAUGCUAAAAAAGGAGGUAAAGGUGCUGACAAAGGAAGAACUAGCACAGAGCAGAAGCGGAGCGCAGAGCGUAAGAAAAAUCGACGUAACUCCGUGGCCCAAGCGGCCUCACCAACUUCCGAAGGAGGAAUUCCUGCUGAUGAUCCUGCGCAACAAGGUGCUCAGCCUACUGCUGAAAAUCUCAUUCCACCAAAGCCACUGACCAUUUUUAGAUGGACUGUACAAGCUAAUGGAGAAGUUAAGUUAAAGUUGAGGUUUCUCUCAGAUGACCUUGGACAGUUUGACCAGACGAUGAACUUUGAGAUUGUGGGCACCCGGCGCAGAUACCAGCUGUUUUGUCGUGGCGUGUGCGCAUUUCCAACAAUAAGCAAAGAGCCCAGAAUUGUAUUCCAAAGUCGGAAAAAAAAUCGGCGUUUGGAUGAAAUAGUGCACAAGAAGUACAUUCUAAACACCGAGACAUUUGAAUUUGGUCCACUGCUGGUUGGUAAAUCCAGAGAUAAGUACAGGGAGGGCAAGUACCCAGAGAACAUGGAAACCAUCACCAUUUUAAACACAUCCCCGCUUGACUCGGAGGUUAGCUUCUGCUUCCUCCAUGACAGUAAGGGAGACACCUACUUGCUGGAGCCACCAAACAUGCUUCUCAAGCCAGGAGAGUCCAGUACCCUCACCAUUUGGGCUUAUCCUAAAGGCCCAGGACACUAUGAAGAUGCAAUAGUAUGCUGCAUAAAGGAGAACCCAGAACCAGUAGUCUUCAAAGUCUGCUGUGAUGGCUACCGCCCAGAGUUGGAACUUGACAAAAAGAUGCUACACUUUGAUAAAGUUUUGUUACACAGAAAAGACACCAAGACCAUUUACUUAAGAAACAGCACACAGCUGCCAGUUGCCUGGAAACUGAGUGGCCUUGAGAACCUUGGGGAUGACUUUACAGUAGCGGCAGAUAGUGGAAUAGUUGAGCCCCUCUCAGAGUAUCCCCUCCAUGCUUACUUCAGAGCCAUGAAAGCUGUGUCAACGAACAGAAAGAUGAUUAGAAUUGAGAUUUCUGAUGCUGACAACAUUAUGGGUGUUGUCCACACAGAGCCUAUUCAAGUCAUCGCUGAAGCCUAUGAUGUUGCCCUUGAUAUGAGCUUCCCCAAAGGUACAGAUGGUGGGCUUGACUUUGGAACUCUCAGAAUAAAUGAGGAAGGCCGACAGUCAUGCACCCUCAAAAAUAAGGGAAAAUAUGAGAUUGCCUACAAUUUCCUUUUAGAAUAUCCAGAUUCAAAAAGCCAGGAAAUUGUUUCCCUGUUUUCAGUAGUCCCUAGUAGUGGGAAGCUAAGUCCACAAGAUAGGCCUACACAGGUGCAGGUGAUCUUCAAAUCUUCCCGGGAGGUACAGAUUAAGGACAUACCACUUUUAAAAUGUCAGGUCAUUGAACCUUCCCUGAGUCCUCCACGUGGUGAGGUAAUAGCAAGUAUACCCGUCAAAGUAUCUGUCAAGGCUGUGUUUAGCAAAUUUCAAAUAACACCAGUCAGUGACAUAAACUUUGGGGCUCUACUGAUCAACAGCAAGAAGACAAGAACUUUUGUCAUAGAAAACAAGGGCGAGUUUGACUUCAGAUUUACCAUCACCAAGAAGGAGAGAGAAGUGAAUGCACAGGGGACUGCUCGUCAGAACAGGCCAUUGGUAAAGGGAGAUAAAAAAGGAAGGGAUGAUACAAGCUCUACGCCCUCUGCUAAACCUAAAAAAACAGAAUCUGUCAGGCAAGACCCUAGCCAGUCCAAACUGCAAUUAGGAAUGUUUACAAUUUUCCCAGCGUUUGGCAUCAUUUUACCCAAUGGCAACCAAGUGAUAACAGUAGAUUGUGUAGGGGAAACACCUGGUAGAGAGGUCCAGGAAAUCAGCAUUGAAGUCACAGACAGGGAACCUGGGUCCCAGAAAGGUGGAAUACCCUACAAACUGGUGGCAGAAACCUGCAUACCCGCCAUCAAUGUGGAUGACAUUGGCAACAUCUUUGAGGAGCAUAGAGUUUGUAAAAACCUGUCAGUCUGGCAGCACAGUAACUGUGGAAACCUGGAGGUUGGAGGGGUGUAUGGGGAGGAGGAGAGGAAAUUUGUAUUCAACAAUGUUAUCGUUGGGCGCACCGCAAAGGCUCGCUUCAAAAUUUCAAACAAUAACAAGGUGCCCUGUGAUGUUGUGUUUACACUUAAGCCUGUUAUGGUAAAGGGUGCACCAAAGUCUUUGGAUGUUUUUGACUUGGAUCCCCCAAGAAUGCAAAUUGCAAAUCACAGUCACAUUUAUGCAACUGUCUCCUUCACUCCUCCAUCAAUGCAGUCAUUCAGUGCUAUUUUUGAAGCAGCAGUGGAAGGUGCUAGUGCUAAUCAAGCUAAGGGCAAGUCAUUAAUAUUUGAAAUCUCUGGUGAAGGAAACCUGCCCAGGAUUACAAUCUCAAAGCCUAGCAUUAGGAACAAGAGCGGACAACCACUGCUGCUCUUCAAGCGUAUUUUACUUGGGCGAUCAGAUUCUCUACCCUUUGAGCUCUUCAAUGAUGGAAACCUGCCGAGCAAAGUGGCCAUUGAUUUACUUGAUUCUGACCACGCCUUUAUGCUGAAACCAACCAAUCAAACAAGGAAUAUUAUUGGAGACAUUAAUUACAAUGAAAUAGAAACUAGGAGAAGGGCACACACAGCGUCCCUGGUUGUCAACCCCAAUGAGAGAGCAACCUUUGAGGUGAUUUAUCAACCCAACGCCCCACAGAGGUCACUGGCCAACCUGAAAGUGACCGUAACAGACAACCAGUACGAGGACUACCUGGUCCAGAUGGUUGGGGAAGGCUAUGAAGAUGACAUCACACUGGACAACAUUGGGUCAGAUUUGGUUACCAUAGAUCCAGAGAAUGAGCUCAUCGCGUCAGCUGAUGACAGUAUUGAAGCUGCCAAAUCUAAUUUGAUGAAUUUUGGCGACUGUUACAUCAAUGAAAGCAAAACACUCAACCUCACCAUGACGAAUCAUUCAAAGACUGACUGUGUGCGUUUCCAGUGGCCCAGUCACCCGCAGUUUAAAUUCUCACCAGAGGUUGGCCAUCUCCAUGCCAGCUGUACCAAAGACAUUUCAGUGACUUUCAAGUCCAAGAAACCAGAAGUUUUGAACCAAGUCCCCCUGCAAUGUAAAGUCACCAAAAUUGUAUUUGAUAAACCUAUAGAGCAGGUGUGUGACUGGGAUGAUAAAAUCCAAGUGGUCAAGUGGGUAGAUAAUCUGUCAGCCACUCCAACUCUCACAGAAAGUGGAAGUAAAUCUACCGUAGCCCCAGUAAAGACUGGCAAGAAAAAAGUGAUAGAAACUGAGACAGAGCCAGCAAAUACAGAAAUUCCAGACACAUCCAGAGAUUUAGAACUGCUGGUAUCUGCCAUCAUAGACUUCACCAAGUGCACAUGUGAUGUGGAGACCAUCCACUUUAAAAGCACACCCAUGUUCCAGACCAGAGUCUAUAGCUUGGUACUUAAAAAUGAAGGUCCAGUCUCCUUUGACUACAACUGGCUCGUAGUAAUGGACAGUUUUACGCCCAUGAUGCGGCGCUCCGUGACCUUCCUGUCAGAGGGAGACCGCCCCGAGUCCCGGGUGGAUGUCGUUGAGACCCAGUACAUUCCCUUCUCUGUUGAGCCCCAGUAUGGGACCAUUGCUGCUGGCUGCAAGAUGAACGUUGUGGUCAAGUUUGCUCCCUUGGAUGCCAAUGACUAUGAAGGGAGACUAAUUUGCAGUGUUCCUUUUAUGAACAAAGGUGAACAAGGACCAGUCAUUGGGGUGAAAGGUCGCAGCAUUAUGCCCUACUGUCAUUUUGAACUGGAAGAAUCUGAUUACUUGGCUCGAGCUAAAAAUAACCAUGAAAACCAUAAUCAGGGCAACGCAGUGCAGGGACCAAAUGUUGACCCCACUACACGGGUCAUUGAGUUUAAUGUCUGUGGCAUUGGCAUCAAAUGUUUCAAGGAGUUUGGAAUCAUUAACCCAACAAAUGAGCCUUUCACUUUUGAGUGGAUUUGUGAGGAUGACAAUGAUCCCAAGCAGCCUGUAUGUUUCAAGUGUGCUCAGCCAGUAGGGGAGAUCAAGAAUGGUAGAAAGUGCAAAGUUGGAUUUGAGUUUACUUCUUAUACUUUGGAAGCUACGGAGUCCUUUUGGCGCUUUACCAUCCCAUCAAGGGCAAUAACCAUUCCUUUUCUGUUGGUUGGCUACACAAGGGAACCAAAUAUUUGUUUAGACAGGUCCCACCUCAACUUCAAAACUCUUCUUGUUGGGAGAGAAGCAAGAGACACAGUGUACCUGACUAACAAUGAAGAUACUUAUUUCAACUUUGCUUUUGUGGAAGACUCUUGUCAUUCAGAAGGCUACUCAGCACAUUUGAAAGUAGACCCAAUGCAUGGACACAUUCCACCUCACUCAAGCAUCCCGGUGAAUUUAAGUUUUUCACCAAAAACUGAGAAGGAGACAAACUUCAACCUGCGCUGUGUGAUCCAGCACAAAAAAUCUCCAGUGACAUUAAACGUGAAGGCUGAGGGCUACAGCAUGAACAGCAUUUUGUUGUGUGAGGACUCCACUGGCAACAGGGUAGAACUCAGUGACAGGGGAGUUAAUCAGAUCAACUUUGGAGAGGUGGAGGUGAGUGAGAACAUCAUCAGACAUUUGUUCCUGCUCAACACCGGCAAAUUUAACUUCGACUACAGCUGUGAUUUCCAUGAGAAAACACUUGGCACAGAUGCUGUCACUGUGACUCCUCCCAGAGGCGGGGUUAUGUUUGGAGAGACACAGGAGAUCUCACUGGCCUUCUGCCCACCCAGGAAGAUGUCACUCAAGUGCUGUGAACUUGCUCUCAAGGUUACCAAUGGGCCGACCUAUGAACUCUGCAUCACUGGCCAGGGAGUAGUCCCAGGUAUCCUUUUCUCAUUCAGAUCCCACAACUUUGGCAAUUGCUUUGUGUACAAGGCAGGCCUGGAACUGCCUAAAGAACAGGCUAUACUAAAACUUACCAACAAAGACAAAAAAGAAGUCAGUGUUGACUGCUUGUAUUCUCCAACAAGCCAUUUAAGUCAUAAGUUUGAGACGUGUGUUAUUGCUCCUGGUAAAACUUUAAAGGUGCCUUUCACAUUUUGCCCAACUCAACCCAUCAAGUACCAUGAAACUGUAGUCUUUGAGAUUAAUGGACUGAACAAGCAAAAGGUUGAAUUCUAUGGAACUGGUCAUGAAAUGAAGAUUGAAGUUUUAGAUCCAAAACAGAAAUGUUUAAAUUUAGGAGCAAGAAUGGUGGGGGAUAAUGUGAGGAAGUUUAUCCCUAUAGUAAAUAACAGUCCUUCACCUAUUACCUUUAACUUGGCCUUGACCCCAACGGAACCUGCCCUGCAACAGAAAGAAGUUUUAUCAAUCACACCUAAAGAACAAAUCACACUAGAUGCCAAUGGAGGAACAAUGAAAGUUGAGGUCUGGUUCAGACCAAAAGCACGAAUUCCACAGUUUGCUGAGGAAGUGCUGAUGGAAUGUUCUGGUAUGUCCCAGCCAAUAUUUGUUGUGAAGGGGUCCUGCCUGGGCAUGGAAGUGAACCUGGACUCCGACUACUUGGCAUUUGGCACAGUCUACCAGCGCAGCAGCAGUACAAGGAAACUGGUCAUGACAAACUCUGGUGACAUGAACACAAAGUUCAGAUGGGAUAUUAAACGGUUCAAGCCAGAUUUUUCUAUAUCUCCUGUUGAAGGUUAUAUCACACCGGGCAUGGAAGUUACAUUUGAUGUCGUGUUCCAACCACAAAGUGUUAAUGGUGAUGUUAGAUACGAUAAACUCAAAUGUUACUUGGAUGGUGGGCCUCACAAGCCGAUAACCCUAACCCUGACCGGGUCAUGCACAGGUAUCCCACCGGUUAAAGAGGUGCAAAACUUCCAGUGUGUGGUUCGUCAGACAGAAACCAGGCAGCUCAUGAUUCCCAACAAGAGCAACCAGCUCUGGAACCUGAAGCCUAUCAUUGACGGGGAGCAUUGGACUGGACCUGUUUCUUUCAUAGUCGAACCACAGCAGACCAAGUCAUACGAGUUGACUUACAAGCCGCUAACAAUGACUGCAGAAAACAAAAAACAUACCGGUUCUAUUUUCUUCCCCCUCCCUGAUGGCUCAGGGCUCCUCUUCAACCUCACGGGUGUGGCAGAACCUCCCAAGGUAACUGCUAGAAUACAGAGAGACAUCCCAUGUAAAACAGGCUACACUGAACUCAUUACUGUCUCCAAUUGGCUCAAGAAACCCCAGAGAUUCCGUGUUAAAAUUGAGCCAAUCAAACCAGAGAAGUUGGAUGCUGGGAUUACAGUCAAGGGUGUGGAGUAUGUUGAUGUGCCAGCCAAUGGUAAAAAGGACUACAAGUUAUAUUUCUAUGCUUACAAGGAAGGACAAACUAUACUCAAGGUGACAUUCAUCAACGAACAAACAGGAGAGUACCAGUUCUAUGAGGUAACCUUUAGAGCCACCAAACCAGGAACAAUUUCCACCAUCAACCUAUCGACGCCAGUCAGACAGAGCAUACAAUACACAAUCACAGUGGACAACCCACUGAACACCCAGGUUAUUUUCCUCAUCAGCUGUACUGUGCCAGAGAUUCUUGUACCCAACAUGUUGGCCGUCCCUGCUGGUUCUCAAGGUCUUUUUACAUUUGAAUACCAGCCUCUAAAGAUAGGUGAGACUACUGGGCGACUGGAAUUAAACUGUACAGAAUUAGGUCAGUACAUGUAUGACCUGGUACUGAAUGCAACCCCAGGAGUGCCAGAGAAACCAAUUUAUUUCAAGACUGGACUUGGUUCCUCUGUGGUGCAAGUGGCUAAAUUCUUGAACUUUGCUAAACAAAAGACAGACUACACCUGCAAGAUUGAUAACACAGACUUCCAUGUAGAAAAAACAGUAGCAGCAGCCCCAGGCUCACCAGGUGGAACUGAAGUGGCACUAGAAGUGGUUUUUGAACCUUCUAAGCUAGGAGAGCAGAGGGCAUCCCUGAUGGUGUCCUCAGCUGUGGGUGGAGAGUAUAUCUUCCCCUUGUUUGGUACCUGUACAGCCCCCAAACCACAGGGCCCUUUCAUCAUAAAGACAGGGACCACAAUUCCUAUCAUAUUUAGAAAUGUUUUUAGUACUGCUACACCUUUCACAUUCCAGGUGGACAAUCCCCUGUUCCAUCUGACAAAACAUGGAGAAACCAUCCGACCUCACAAGGAUCACAGAAUAGUCGUGGGCUAUGACGGGCAAGACAGUAAUUCUAAAAACCCCGUCAUGGGAAAACUUGUAGUGUCAUGCGCCAGGGCUGCGGGUGGAAAUUCCAAUGCACAGUGGAUUUUCUAUCUGAAAGGAAUCCCUUAUUAAAAGUUUCAGUACAUGAACUCUUGAUACUUCAAUUCAGCUCACACCUUUACAAGUGAAUGAUUAGUAAAGAUAUUUUUAGUCUUUUUUAAAAAUAAUUUGCAUUGUUUUUAAACUGCUUUUUUCUCCUACAUCCCCUUACAGAAUUUCCAGACCGUCCCAGAUUUAA